AUAUCUGGACUUCUCCUUCACCAACACCACCGACUGGUCAUUUCAGUCAAUCCUCCCCUAGGAUACUUGGAAUAUAGAUCCUACCAGAGUCGAGAAGCCGCGACGAUGACGAGCAAGCCUAUCUUUGUGGCUACUCAUCCGAGGGCCUGCUCGACAGCCUUUGAGCGGGUGUUCAUGACCCGUCACGACACACUGCAAUGUGUUCACGAGCCUUUCGGCGAUGCCUACUACUUUGGACCUGAGCGCCUUGCUGAGCGUUAUGAGAAUGACCCCAAGGCCAGGAAAGAGUCUGGUUACGAGGACAGCACAUAUAGGACGAUCUUUGAUCGCAUUGCGAGAGAGAACUCCGAGGGCAAGCGCGCCUUCAUCAAAGACAUGGCCCAAUACUGGAUUCCUCCCGUUGGCAAGCCCGCGACUAUCGCACCAUCUCUGUCCAACUACCGCCGUGGCGUAGGAACAAACACCACCGAACUCUCGCCUGUCACCACUCGUAGCGAUCCUUCCAAGCCUCCCUACCCAUACGACACCAAAGGCGAGCCCAACAACCCGACCGUUAUCCCCAAGGACUUGUUGGCAACCUACCACUUCACCUUCCUCAUCCGUCACCCGAAAUUCUCCAUCCCAUCUUACUACCGCUGCACUAUCCCUCCGCUCGACAAAUUGACGGGCUUCUACAACUUCCGUGAGGAUGAAGCCGGAUACGACGAGCUCCGACGCUUUUUCGACUACCUGCGCUCUGAGGGACAAAUCGGUCCCAAGUUCGCUGGUCAGAAGGAGGUUGACGCGAACGACCAGGCAAACGGUCACACCGGCGGCGUAGAGAUCUGCGUUAUCGACGCAGAUGAUCUGCUAGACAACCCAUCCGGCAUGAUUGAGGCAUUCUGCAAGACUACAGGAAUUGAAUGGGACCCAAACAUGCUCGUAUGGAACACAGAGAAAGACCAGGACAAGGCCAAGGAGGCGUUCGAGAAGUGGAAGGGUUUCCAUGAGGAUGCUCUAGACAGCGAUCGUCUGAGGGAACGCACACACAAGAAGGAACCCAAGAGUGACGAACAGCUUUUCGCCGAGUGGAAGGAGAAGUACGGCGAAGAGGGCGCGAAGCAGAUCCGGGAUACUGUUGCCGCUAAUGUUGAGCAUUACGAGUACCUUAAGCAGUUUGCUAUCAAGCUAUAGAGAAUUGCUGGAAAGCGCGGACACAACGCAUAUUUCAAAGUCUCGGAUCAUUACCAUAGAUGAUAGCAGAUGAUAGACCCAGAAGCAUACAGCAGGGCAAAAUAGCGAUAACAAUUUUCUUUGGCAAAACAACUACCACCAAACCGCUGUCUUCAUGCGAGACGCCUAGUGAGAAGUUAUGUGCCCCUCGUUGUCUUCCCGAGCACUACACCGCCACAAACAUUAACAUUCAUGUCCAUGCUCGCCUCGAGGUGUCAGCCAACUUUACUACGCGCUCGCUUGAACGUCAGCUGACCCGCCCACCCUGCAUACAGGAUACGUGCUUACGCUUACUUACAUCUUGCAUCUAGAAGACGCCACAAUAUCUACCUAUCAAAUGGCAAAAUGAUGCUGCGGUGAGUCCCUCCGCCAUCAAAUCAACACACGGCGUAUCUCGGAG